AUGGCGCCAAUCAUGCAGGGCUCUCAGCAAUGGGUCGAGAAAUACCGACCGAAGCAAGUGAAAGACGUUGCCCACCAAGAGGAAGUUGUUCGAGUGCUAACAAAUACCCUUGAUACUGGAAGUUGCCCCCACAUGCUCUUUUAUGGUCCUCCCGGCACUGGAAAAACAACUACUGCCCUCGCAAUUGCCCAUCAGCUUUUCGGGCCUGAGCACUAUAAGUCUAGGGUGCUGGAGCUGAAUGCAAGUGAUGACAGAGGGAUUAAUGUUGUUCGAACAAAGAUAAAAAAUUUUGCUGCGGUGGCUGUUGGUGCUAGGCGCAAGAAUGAAGUUUAUCCUUGUCCAUCAUUUAAGAUUAUUGUUCUAGAUGAGGCUGAUUCAAUGACAGAAGAUGCUCAGGCAUGUUUGCUAUGUUUUUCAUUUCUAACUUUUCUUGUCUCAAAGUGUUCUGUUUUCAAACCACGUGCAAUUGCUGUCCAGAAUGCCCUGAGGCGUACAAUGGAAACUUACUCUAAAGUUACAAGGUUCUUUUUUAUAUGCAACUAUGUGAGCAGGAUUAUAGAACCACUUGCUUCGAGGUGUGCAAAAUUCAGGUUCAAGCCCUUAUCAGAAGAAAUCAUGAACAGCCGGAUAUUAUACAUCUGCAAAGAAGAGGGACUCUGUCUUGAUGCUCAGGCUCUUUCAACCCUUAGUUCUAUUUCUCAUGGAGAUCUUCGCCGGGCAAUCACAUACUUGCAGUCUGCAGCUCGCUUAUUUGGAUCUUCAAUUUCUCCAGAGAAUCUGGUUUCUGUGUCUGGGGUUGUUCCAGAAAAAGUUGUGGAGGCAGUUCUUCAAGCUUGUAGAAGUGGUAAUUUUGAUAUCGCAAACAAGGAAGUCAACAAUUUCAUUGCAGAGGGAUAUCCAGCUUCUCAGAUGCUUAUUCAGUUAUUAGAAGCCAUUGUUGAAGAAAAUGACAUAUCAGAUGAACAGAAAGCAAGAAUAUCCAAGAAGCUGGGUGAAGCUGAUAAGUGUCUAGUUGAUGGUGCUGAUGAAUACUUGCAACUUCUUGAUGUGGUCAGCAAUACAAUGCAAGCUUUUAGUAACAUGCCAGAAGGAUUUGCUUACGAGAGUUAG